AUUGAGAUUUGAGUGAAUGAGCGCACACGCGUUAUUUUAUUAUUUUUCCUCUGACGGGCGUCUUCGCAAUAUAAAAUUCAGACAAUCGUAUGAAAAUUGAGAAGUGACAAAGUCUGAUUUUCUACACAUAUCAUUAGCUCAGUGGCAGUGCAUCGCGCGCGCAUGGUACGGACAGAUAGACAGAGAGAACGGAACACAACACAUACAAUCCAGAGAGCUAAAAUCAAGAAAUAUCCACAGAAGUAAGGAGAGAAAUCGAGCCAAUCCGCACACCACCACCACCAACACCAUCACUACCACCAGCACCGACCAAAUAACAGCAACAAAAACAAUAACAAAAAACCUGUAUUUGUAAGUACAAACAAUUUUGUAGCUUAAUUACAAUGAAGUGCGGUCGGAGGCCCACAAACAACGACAACAUAUAACAGAUAUACUAUAAGUAUUUUGAAUAAUCGACACAGUACUCGUUGAAUUGCAAUGAAUAUGAAUCUGAUUGAGAAUCUUCGUCCGAACUCAUUCCGCUUUUGUGUAUGUGUGAGUUGACGGCUGAGCUAUAUAUAUAUAUACUUCAACACUUUGUUUUUCUUUUAUACCUAUUGCUUGAGAAACUUCAAGUUAUUUACAAGCCAAACGUCCAAACAACACACAUGCAAACCAACAUAAUGAGACUAGAGAUGGAAUAGACGGUCCGAUUUGAUCAUAAACACACGCACACGUCCAUAAGUUCAACAUCCACAGUAAUAGCAGCACCAGCAGCAGUAGCACAGCAUACAUUCAUACAACAAUACCAGCGCACACAACAAAAUAGUGCGUUGCAUAUGUACUAGUUCGUGGUUUGUAUUGGUUAUAAUUCUCUAGGCACUUGUCUGUAUGUGGCCAUAAUAAAUCAACGUUGAACAAUUUUUUUUCGCUAUUCCAUUCACAAUAUUUGGCACGAGUGUGAGUGCAUUGGUUCGGAUGGACGCCAAAAAGUAACAAACAACACACAAUCAUGAAAACUUACCGAAAACCCAUUGGCGGAAAAGAAAAACCUCAUGAAACAACACAGUAUACCGAUGUGACGGUACGAUCGAUGUUUGGUUCUUUGUUAUUGUGCACGGUGCCUUCAAGAACUUAACACUUUACCAAAAAAAAAAAAAAAAAAAAAAAAACAGAAAACAGAAAAGAAAAGAACGAACGAAAUAAACCGAGUUACAGUCGAAUACGCUUGGUUCUUGGUUUGAACGUAGACGCAAAAUAAAAGAAAGAAAUUGAAAAAGUUUCACUGAAAAACAGGUCACAUAACACUUGUUCUUUAAAAAAAAACUUAUUCGUAACCAAGAAGCUAACUAGAUCAAACAUUUCAAAUGAAUUCACUCAAUUCGAAGCAUUCAUUUGGGUAAUUGCUCACCGAAAACUCGCAGGUCUGUUGUCAGUGUGCGAUUGAUUGCGGCUAAAGUUAUAAUUGGUGUAUUAAAAUUGAUUUUUUAAUUACUUAUUUGCUGUCUGUGUGUUGUGAUUAGAUGCCGUCAAAUAUGAAAGCCGUUUUUGAAGAUCCCGGUAUAAUAUGCUUUCAACACUGUAAAAAUAAAGUGUUUUCGAUAAAAUUGUUGGCCAAAUGUCCCGAAUGUCAAACGGAAUUGAAUUCGGACGAUGCAUAUAAAAUGAUGCCGUUUCGUUUGCCGUAUCCAUUCAUAAAACCGCAUCAACAUCCAUGUUCGAUCAUAUUGCGGCCCACUCACGGUGACUUUCUCAACGAUUAUUUUAAUGCAAUGAACUUGCACAUCGGUCUGACAACAUCGAACGGUACAAUCAUUGAAUUCGAUCAAUGGGGUUUGCAUAAGACGCCAACCAAUCAAAGCGACACGUCACAUUGGUCACAAAGUCUUAUCGUUGAAACGAUGACCGAACCAUGGUACGAACACUGGGAUGAUAUUCUACAUAAAAUGGAAAAAACCAAAGACACUAAAUGGACCUCAGCCGCAUAUCAUGAAGACACAUUUAAUUGCUAUACAUUUGUAUUGGAUUUCCUGCAAAAUCUCAACUAUGGCACACUAAGUGCAGCCGCACAAAAUCGUACCACAUUUUGUGAACGUUAUAUCGUGCCGCGCACAACAGCCGCUGGCAAAUACAUAUCGUUGUAUCGAAAAAUUCGUGAUCAUGGCUUUUACAUACAUACUAAUUCUGCAUGUACUGCUGCUGCAGCCGCCGCCGCCGCCACCGCUACUACUGCUGUCGCUGUUGCAUCAAAUGCAAUCCGAGAAGGAAGUGAUUAAAUGAUCGACUAUGAAGAAAGUUUACAAUCAUUCAUCUUUUCCACGUUAUUUCUAUGGCCGUUGUGUGUGUGCUGUUUUUUUUAUCCUCAUCUCCUUACCAUUCAUUUAUUCAUCAAUCAAACAUUUCGAUUGUAAAACAGAGAUUUAUUCGAGUGAUAUUAGCUAAUUGCAUUAUGUAUUUAUUUAUUGACACAAUUUCUCAAUUCUUAAUUUAUAUAUAAAUAUAUAUGUAGAUCGUUCGUGUAUAUUGUUGUUGUUGUCAAAAUUCAAUUCGCGAGCUACCAAAGUGUCAAAGACACACAAAUAUGCAAAUAAAUGAAAUGAUACAAAAAAUUUCAAUAAACAACUGUAACCAAAAUGCAUUUCA